AAGUAUGAAAAAAAACAUAAAGUUUGAAAAAAUUGAAAACAAUAAAAGUUGGUGUGUAAUUUGUAUAAAAUAUGGCACCACUGAGCAAUUAGAUCUUCCCUCUCACUCUCAGUGGAGCUUUUAUCCACCAACCAAACUUUGGAAGAAAUUUUACUGGAAAACAAGAUUUUGUUUUCUCUGUUUAUAUCCCUCUUUCUUUUCUUGUCUGAAAAGAGAUCUCUGCGGAAAAAAAGAUUACUUUUUUCUUUUUGUUUGUCUGUUUAGAGAAGAUGUUUGCAGCUGAGAAUGGUUUAAGGGGUGACCCAAGGUUGAAGGACAUUUAUGAUGCCAUUAGUGUUGUGCCCAACUUUCCUAAACCAGGAAUUAUGUUUCAAGACAUAACUACUCUUGUCUCAAAUCAUAUGGCCUUCAAGCAUACUGUAGAUAUCUUUGUUGAUAGAUACAGGAACAUGGAUAUCUCUGUUGUUGCUGGAGUCGAAGCCAGAGGCUUUAUGUUUGCUCCUUCUAUUGCAUUGGCAAUUGGUGCCAAAUUCAUUCCUCUGCGUAAGCCCGGGAAGCUUCCGGGUGAAGUCAUUUCUGAAGCAUACGAGCUCGAGUAUGGUAAUGAUUGUUUGCAAAUGCAUGUGGGAGCCCUUGUGAAAGGAGACCGAGCUUUAGUUAUAGACGACUUAGUGGCUACAGGAGGGACAUUAUCUGCAGCCAUGAGGCUUUUGGAACGCCAAGGUGCUGAGGUCGUUGAGUGUGCAUGCAUUAUCGGAUUGCCUGAGCUAAAGGAAAGGCAAUUGUUGGGCGGAAAACCACUGUACGUCUUGGUGGAGCCUCGUCAAUAGAGACUCGAUCACUGCUGGAGGAGAAAUUGUCAAUGGAAACAUCGAAAAUUUGACGUAGAAACUGAGAGGCUCGCGAGUUGGUGUAAAAAAUGGCAACUGAAAUUCUCGAACCUGUGUUAGAUGCGUUGCGACUAGACAAAUUAAUCAAUCCCUACUGGUAAAAAAAAUAAUAAAAAUCUUGGCAUUUUUCUAGUNUAGAUUAAUGUUAU